AUGACGCCCAGCUGGACCGCCUUGUUCCUCUUGGCCUGCCUCCUGCUGGCCACGAGAGCCACAGACCUUACGACGCUCAACAGCGCGGGACAGAGCAUCCACGACAUCAAGGGCGGAGCCGCCACCACCAUCACCAAGAAGGGCAACCCGCUGCUCAUGCUCAUGGAGCCGGCCCUGCCUGCGCUCAAGUACAUGCUGCCGCUGAUGGCGCUCCUGGCGCUCCCGGAGUUGCUGAGUUCUGCGCUGAGUGGACUCAGGGGCGUCGCGGGAUUCGGCCAGGGAUACGGGGUUCAGGCCCGGGGACGUCGCUCCGCACCCGUCGACUUCGUAGAAGGGGCCCAGCAGAUGAUGUCGCUGCUCAGCAGGCUCGACGAGGCCGUGCAGAAGUACGGGAGCCAGGAGGCCGCUUGUCAACUCCGGGCCAUGUGCGAGCUGCAUCGGGGAGGCAUGAGUCCCGAAGCCGGCGUCAUCGCCAAGAAUCUCAUCUCUUUGCUGAAGGUUGAGAGCCGAGUCGAGCGAUCCACGAUGCCGGACGACCAAAAAACGGCGCUACGAGACUUUCUGCGAGCGGCGCAACACGGCCUCCACCACCGCAACUGCACGCAGAUCUACAGCGGAGAGUGUCCGGACACCACUUCGUAG